GGGCUCUGAGCAAAUACGCCAGGUCAGGCCUGUCCCACAUGCGGUGGCUGGGCUGUACUUUGCCCCAGUGAAUCAGCUCCAUGGAGGCCCGGCAGUGGCAAAGGUAACUGACUGGCCGUAGAUUGGAGGGCCAGGUGAGUCUUGGUAGAUGUGGCACCUGGACUUUGGCAGUCUCCACGAGGAGCGGAGACAUCCUUGGGCCAGGUUCCCGGAGCCGCGCUGAAGGAAGGUGCCAAGGCGUCAGAGCAGGAAGAUAAAAUAACUACACAACUGACUAAAAAAAAGAGAGACAUUCAGAAGGUCAGGGAUGGAACCCUGGAUCCCCCAGCAGCCGCUGCAGCCCUGGGGGAGACCCCCAGCCCCAUCCCAGGGUCCAGACCGAGGCCUUCGGAGAGAUGGAUAUCAUCGGCCGGUUCCUCACUCUUGGCACAAAGGAGAGAGGUUCCAUCAAUGGCAAGACAUCCGAGGGAGCCCCCAGCCACAGCAGGACCCCAAGGCAGACCGCCAGCAGCCUCAUUACGUACCCAGGCCUGGGGAAUGGCAUCAGCCUGUGGCCGGAGCGGACUAUUACGAAGGGGGUUAUCACCCUCACUUGUAUUCACGGCCAGGCAUUGAUGAUCCAUACCAGAGGUAUCACUCUUCUGUAAGGGAAGAAUAUCCGUAUGGAGGUUAUUACUACCAUGGGCACCCACAGCAGCAACCAGAGGAAAGAGUGCCAAGGCAAGCGAGUCCUUAUAUCCGGCAUGAAGACUAUCGAGAUCAAAAGUACCUCAAUGAACAUCAUCGUGAAAACCAGAAGAGUCCAUUUGGAACAAACAGUGAGACCCAGUUCCAAUCUCAGAGUGGGAACCCUUAUAGAGACAGCCCUGCUUCCAACUCUGGACAGGAGUGGCCUGGGGACCUGCUUCCGGAGAGUGUGCUAAGUGGGGCCCAGAAGAAUAAGCCACCACUGCCCCACGAGUCCAACCUUCUCCAGCAGCACGAGUCUGGUCUCAGCUCCAGCGGCUAUGAGCUCAGUCAGUACAUGGCAGAUGCCUCCGAGCCUUAUGUCCCCACGGCUUCAACAGUUUGGAGACCAGUGCAGGCUGCGGCUGACUCGGCAGCUGAUCCCAAGGCACCCAUGAAGUUCUACAUCCCCCAUGUGCCUGCGAGUUUUGGGCCAGGAGGUCAGCUGGUGUGUGUGUGUCCCAGCUCUCCCAGUGACGGGCAAACGGCCCUUGUUGAACUGCACAGCAUGGAGGUUAUUCUUAAUGAUUCUGAGGAACAAGAAGAGAUGAGAACUUUCUCAGGACCCCUGAUCAGGGAAGACGUCCACAAGGUGGACAUCAUGACGUUUUGCCAGCAGAAAGCAGCUCAGAGCCGCCAAUCCGAGACACCAGGGAGCAGAGAUGCAGCUCUGCUAUGGCAACUGUUGGUUCUCCUUUGUCGACAGAAUGGGUCCAUGGUGGGGUCUGACAUUGCGGAGCUGCUGAUGCAAGACCGCAAGAAGCUGGAGAAGUACAAGAGGCAGCCCCCGGUGGCCAACCUCAUCAACCUGACCGAUGACAACUGGCCAGUGCCCAGCUCAGGGACCCCAAACCUGCUCACUGGGGAGAUUCCCCCGAGUGUGGAGACACCAGCGCAGAUCGUGGAGAAGUUCACUAAGCUGCUCUACUACGGAAGGAAGAAGGAAGCCUUGGAGUGGGCCAUGAAGAACCACUUGUGGGGCCACGCUUUGUUCCUGUCCAGCAAGAUGGACCCCAGGACUUACAACUGGGUCAUGAGUGGUUUCACAAGCACACUGGCGCUCAACGACCCGCUGCAGACCCUCUUCCAGCUCAUGUCCGGGAGGAUCCCACAAGCAGCCACGUGUUGUGGGGACAAGCAGUGGGGAGACUGGAGGCCUCACUUGGCUGUGAUUCUGUCGAAUCAGGGUGGGGACCCGGAGCUGCACCAGCGUGCGAUCGUCACCAUGGGGGACACCCUGGCUGGGAAGGGGCUGGUGGAGGCAGCUCACUUCUGCUACCUCAUGGCUCACGUGCCCUUCGGCUACUACACGGUGAAGACGGACCAUCUGGCCCUGCUGGGCAGCAGCCACAGUCAAGAGUUUUUGAAAUUUGCAACCACUGAGGCCAUCCAGAGGACGGAAAUCUUCGAGUACUGCCAGAUGCUGGGCCGCCCCCAGUCCUUCAUCCCUUCUUUCCAGGUAUAUAAACUCCUUUAUGCUUCCCGGCUGGCAGAUUACGGCCUUGCGUCCCAGGCCUUGCAUUACUGCGAAGCUGUGGGCACGGCCCUCCUUAGCCAGGGAGAGAGCAGUCACCCUGUGCUGUUGGGGGAACUCAUCAAGCUAGCAGAGAAACUGAAGCUGUCGGAUCCGCUGGUGCUCGAGAGGCGCCGCGGAGGGAGGGACCUGGAGCCGGACUGGCUCCUGCGCCUCCGGAAGCUGCACCAGGAGCUGGAGCAAAAGGCAUCGGCAGACACUGGGAACCCCCAUUCUGUUCACCCAGACAUUUCAGGAGCCCAAGGAACAACAGGAAACACUUUCUACCAUGAUUUUUCGGGACAUCGAGGUGACUCAGAAGCCACUGGGGACCCCUCUGCCCGGCGGCCACCAGUGGAGCCAGUGGGCCCCGCCUGGCCCAGCCCACAGCAGCCCUUGCCCCUCCAGCCAGGCUCCUACCCAGCAGGAGGAGAUUUGGGACAGACGGGGGUCCCGGUGCCUCUUUACUCAGUCCCUGAGGCCCGUCUGCCAGGGAUCGGUGGCAGCACGGCAGUGACAGAGGCUCCUGGAGGAAGGCCCUGGGCAGAAACCCAGCAGCCACCCCCGCCCCCUGCAGAGGACACAGUGUCUCAAGGAACCUUCCAGCAUCCUGAUGGUCAAAAGCUGGAUUCCAAACCACAGGUGCCACUGAUUUCCAGAGCUCAAAAUAUUUCCGAGAAUUCCACCGUUUCAGCCAAGGAGGAGGAGGAAUCGUCCUCGGAUGAGACAGAUAAAAAGUCUUCCCCAGACACUGCACGGAGAGAAAAGAGCUCAGGCUUUGGCUGGUUCAGCUGGUUUCGCUCCAAGCCCACCCAUAGCACAUCCCCCUCUGGGGACGAAGACUCCUCCGACAGCCCCGACUCAGAGGAGACCCCCAGAGCAUCUUCUCCGCCUCAGGCUGGCUCCGGCCUCUCACUGACACCUCUCCCAGAGCCCCCGUCUCUGCCGGGCCCUGGCACCUUCUCCAGGGGCGCAGGUGGGGGUGAAGUCCAAGGACCGGCGUCCAGUGGGGGAACUGCUGAGGUCACUGGGAAUGGAGGCUGGUCCGGGCUCCAGGGUGUUUCCUCUGAGGCCUACUUCAACCCGGGUGCCCUGCUUCCCCCAACCCCCUUGAAAGGGGCUGUUCCUCUCUACAAUCCAUCUCAGGUCCCCCAGCUCCCCACGGCUGCUAGCCUGAGCCGGCCAAGCCGUCUAGCUCAGCGUCGCUAUCCAACACAGCCAUGAUGACCAGCCACCCAUCCCAGGCCCGUUUCCCUGGGGCACAACAUUUAAAUCUCCCAGCUCCGCUGCUGGGUUGGGGCCCCCAGGAGGUUGUGCUAGACUAUUGCCUCCACUGGGUAUGGAGAAGGCAAGUGGACAGGGUACGCCAGGACACAGCACAGUUCUGUCUCUUAAGAUCAGCUUCACAUGAUGGAAAUGACUUCAUCACAUGGAAAAGCUGGGCAUGGAGGCAGCACUGAGGACGGCCACUUCACAUUCUCAGAGCCUAAGGGAUCGAUGAGGACACUACUGGGCUCUGCAGCAGGAAAGUAUUGGGGGCCGGGGGUCACUCAGAGCAACAUCCUGGACUAAUUUGACUCCUUUCUCACUUAUAGACCAAUUUAUGACUCUAUUUAGCAAAAGCUUUUAUACUAAAACUUAAUUAUUCUCAUCAUAAUUCCCUUUUCAGUGGCAUUUCAGCAGCUUCUCUGUUGGUCCUUGUUUUGUGCACAUUUUUAUGUGGUUCAGAUUAAUUAUAUUUCUCUCACUUUCUUAGCCGGUCCUAUUUUUUCAUAUUCUGGCAUCUGGCUAUCAAGUUAGAUUGCUGUAGGCAUCAUAUUGUCAUGGUAACUACCUAACCUAUCGAUGCAGAUGGAUGGAACGUUAGUCUAAUAAAUGGUGGAAAACAUUUUCUAAAACUUCACCCCUUCCCUGACAGGAGGAAUGAAUGUGCGAUAUUGUUAAUUCCUCCCUCCCUGCUUUAGGGCUUUGCAAAUCGAUGUUCGGUGUGUCACUGGAGGCAGAGGGACGAGGCGGACAGCCUAGAAAUUCCCAUUUUUUUUUUUUCCUUUUCAACCCCAAAUAGAAACGACUCUCGGUGUUUGUCAGAUUGCUAAAAAUUGCUCCUCAAAAAGAAUUUUUUUUUGUAUGUGUAAUUGUACAUACAGGUUUUGUACUCGAAUGUACUACAGUUCUAAUGUUGGUAGCGAUUAAACCAGAUAAUUUUAUAGCAAAUGUUUAUCCGUGGCACAUUGAGUGGUCUCUUCCCUGAAGUCUUUUCUAACAAUGGUUUCAUUGUGCAAUAGGGUGCGAAGACCUGGAAGGAGCCCUUUGUUAACGAAGAACCUAGGGACUGAUCCUCCUAACUUCCACGUCUACUCCAAUUUUUUUUUUCAGUUAAGAAAAUAUGAACAAAAGCUUCUCCGA